AUGGCGAUGAGCAGUGUUCCAAAACCUGCUAUGGACGAGGUUUCCAAGCAAGGAAGCGAAGAAAUUGAAAAUGUUCCAACAAAGAACCUCACGCUGAUGGACACAUACCGGUCCUACUCACCCGAAUUCUCAAGAGAAACCGAGCGACAGCUUGUUCGGAAAAUCGACGCCCAUCUCUUGCCUCUCAUUGUUAUCAUUUAUCUGUUCAACUAUCUUGAUCGAAAUUCGAUUACCCAAGCGCGUCUCUAUGGUCUUCAAGAAGACACCCACGUCAAAGGGGCAACGUAUCAAACCGCCAUUUCGAUCUUUUCUGCAGGAUACAUCGCGAUGCAGUUGCCAUCAACAAUGCUCAUGACCAAGAUGCAGCCGCAUGUCUUCCUGCCUGGAUGCAUUAUAAUCUGGGCCAUAGUGAGCGGCUGCACAAGUGCCACGUCUUCUCCAGCCGGCUUGCUGGUCGUUAGGUUCUUUUUGGGAAUCGUCGAAGCCCCCUUCUUCCCGGGAGCCAUAUACUACCUGAGUUGCUGGUACACAAAAAAAGAGCUCGGAUUGCGCAUGGCCCUACUGGUCUGUGGGCUGCUCUUGUCGAACUGCUUUGCCGGUCUUAUAUCAGCUGGGAUUCUUUCAGGGAUGGCUGGGGUGGGACACCUCGCUGCAUGGAGAUGGCUCUUCAUCCUCGAAGGCCUUGCUACAAUUUGCGUUGGGGUAACUGCUUUUUUCCUUCUUCCCGACUACCCGGGCACCACAAAAUGGUUGUUAGAGGAGGAAAAGGUCAUUGCGCAGGGCCGCUUGGCUGCAGACGCCGGCAGUGAAGAAGUUUUGGGCGAAGAUGAGAUCUCGAUGAAGCAGGCUAUCUGGGCUGCAUUGGCGGACUACCGUGUGUGGUUGUUUGCUCUGCUUCAAAUGUCGACAACUGCCUCCAUCUCGUUCUCGCACUUCUUCCCAACCUUGAUUCAACAGCUUGGCUUCAAGAACAACACCAUCGUUCUUCUUCUGACAGCACCUCCGUACUUCUUCUCUUUCAUCUGGGCCUUGACAUUGGCUUGGGACGCCGACAGACGACAGAAAAGAUCACCGCACGCGAGCAUCUCUGCCAUUACUGCCAUUGCCGGGACUAUCACUUUGGUCGCUAUAGGUGAUCAACGUUGGGCUCGCUACGCAAUGACUUUCCUCGUCAGCGCCGGGACCUUUGGCAUCUACUCAACGACUUACCCUUGGUUGUCCUCGACCAUCGUCCAACCAGCAAUCAAACGAGCUGCUGCUAUCGGUAUUGCAAAUACCCUGGCUAAUAGUGCUUCGUUAUUCGCCAACUACUUUUGGCUAGAUGAAUACGGCCCGAGUUUUCGUGUGUCCUGGGCUUGUAUUUUGGCUUUUCAGGUACUCGGUUUGUGUUGCAUCUUCGGCCUUCGUAUUUGUCUUAAGAAGGCGAACGACAAGUUUGAAAGACUUCGAAGUGAGGUGGACCAAUAUAACGAGGAGGCGAUGAACAGGCUCGACAAAGACUCACAGAGAGCUUCGGCUCCCACUCUCUUGGCGGUCUUGGCGGGACUUGCCAACCUUGUUGCGGCUCAGACUGUCUCUGGCAAGCCUGAAGGCUUUGCUACUGGUGUUACUGGUGGUGGCAGCGCAACUGCCGUCACCCCUGCGGAUAUCACCGAGCUCAAGGAGUAUCUCACUGAUGAUGAGCCUCGUGUCAUCCUCCUCUCCAAGGAGUACGACUUCACCGAGUCUGAGGGCACUGAGUCCGGCAAUGUUUGCGCUAGCUGGGGCACCGGCGCUGCUUGCCAGAAGAUCAUCCAGGACGACUGCGGCAGCAACCCUGCUUCGACCGAGACUUGGUACAAGGCCCCGACCCAGCCUAUUGACGUCGGCAACAACAAGACCAUCCUCGGUGUUGGCAGCAAGGGCGCUAUCAAGGGCAAGGGCCUGCGCAUGAGAGGCAGCAACGUCAUCAUCCAAAACAUCCAGGUCUCCGACUUGAACCCCAAGUACGUUUGGGGUGGUGAUGCUAUCGGCUUCGAUGGUGCUGACCUUGUCUGGGUUGACCACGUCACGACUGCCCGUCCUGGCCGCCAGCACUACGUCUUCGGCUUCAACCCCAGCAAGCGCAUCACUCUCUCCAACAACUUCAUCAACGGCGAGUCCGACUACUCUACCGGCUGCAACGGAUACCACUACUGGACCUUCGAGAUGGUCGGCACCGACGACCAGAUCACCAUGAAGAACAACUACAUCUACAAGACCUCCGGCCGCAGCCCUGCCCUCAGCGGUGGCACUCUCCUCCACGCCGUCAACAACGUGUGGGACGACAACGAUGGCCACGCUCUCGAGGGUGGUGACACCAAGGCCCGCGGUAUCUUUGAGGGCAACGCCUUCAUCAACGUCAAGGCUCUCGUCUCCGACUACCAGGGCAAGCUGUUCUCCUCCCCCGACGCCACCACCAACGCUCAGUGCAAGACCGCUCUCGGCCGCGCCUGCGAGGUCAACGUCUUCGACACCACCACCUCCACCGACUUCUCCAAGCUCAAGGACACCUCCUUCUUCAGCGAGUUCUCCGGCUUCUCCAUUGCCUCCGCCGAGUCUGCCAGCUCCAUCAAGACCAGCGUUCCCAACAACGCCGGUGCCGGCAAGCUCAGCUCUUCCAGCAGCUCUUCUGGCUCCACCAAAACUGCUGACACCGUUGCCGAGGCUGCUGCCACCACCCCUGCCGCCACCUCUGCUGCUGCUCCUGCCGCCGCUGCCACCAGCGCUGCCGCCAGCUCCGGCUCCGGCUCCGGCUCUGUUGCUCUCUACGGCCAGUGCGGUGGCCAGGGCUACUCUGGUGCUACUUCUUGCGCCUCUGGCAAGUGCGAGUUUGUCAACGACUGGUACUCUCACGAUAGCCCGGAGGAACGCAAGCUGAUCCUCAAGCUGGAUCUGCUCAUUGUUCCCUAUGCUUUCAUUCUCUAUUGGGUCAAGUACAUGGACCAGACCAACAUCAAUAAUGCAUACGUAUCAGGAAUGGCCGAUGAACUCGGCUUCCACGGGAAUGAGCUGGUUCAGUUCCAGACCAUCUUCGUUGUGGGAAACGUGGUCGGCUUGCUGCCGUUCAUCUACCUGUUCCCCCGAGUACCGAUGCACAUUCUGGUGCCGACCCUUGAUUUAGGAUGGGGACUGUUCACUCUGCUCCAGUAUCGCGCCCAAAGCUAUGGUGAGAUCAUGGCCUACCGGUUCAUGGUCUCCCUGUUCGAGGCAUCGUACUUCCCUGGCGUACACUUCGUCCUUGGGUCCUGGUACCGAAGCGACGAGAUUGGUCGCCGAGGUGGCACAUUUUACAUCGGCCUCACGCUCGGCACCCUCACGGCAUCCCUCCUCCAAGCCGCGGCAACGACCUACCUCGACGGCGUUCACGGCCUGCGAGGCUGGCGCUGGCUCUUCAUCAUCAACGCCAUCAUCACCCUCCCCCUGGCCUUCAUCGGCUACUUCAUCUGGCCCGGCACGCCCGCCAAACCAAACAGACUCGUAAUGAAGAAGUCCGAACUCGAACUCGCGCGCUCGCGUCUCGAAAAAACAGGCAGCUCCGUCAAGAGCACCCCCUUCUCCCUCAACCUCCUAAAGCGCGUCUUCACCAACUGGCGCUUCUACCUCCUCGUGCUGUGGGACGUCUUCUUCUUCAACACCAGCUCCAACAGCGCCGCCUUCCUCCUGUGGAUCAAGAGCCUGGGGCGCUACAGCACCGCGGAGAUGAACAAGCUCAACGCCAUCAGCCCGGGCCUGGGCAUCUUCUUCGUGCUCUUCAUCAACUUCAGCGCGGACCUGUGGAUCGGCCGGCCGGCCGCCAUCACCCUCGCCUCGGCGGUCAACUUCACCGGGCUCGUCAUCCUGGCGGUCUGGAACGUGCCCGAGGCGGCGAAGUGGUUCGCCUUCAGCACGUCGUACUCUGCGGUGGCCGUGUCCUCGGUGCUGUACGGCUGGGCGAACGUCAUUCUGAAGAAUAACAUUGAGGAGAGGGCGUUGACGCUGAUUCUGAUGACGGCGAUCGCGACGUCGACGAAUGCGUGGAUCCCGCUGUUUGUGUAUCCCACCGUUGAGGCGCCGAGGUUCCCGAAGGGCUAUGUCUAUUCUGCGGUCAUGGUUGUGUGCUUGGUGGUUACGACGCAGGUUGUCCGGGUGUUGUUGGGGACUCAGGGAGAGAAACGCCAGCCCAAGUCACAGGAUUCGUCUGUUGCAGAGGGCACGUCGACGUCUGUCGAUGGUAGUUAUGAUCGAAAGACGUCGUCUCCGCGGAUUGAGGCUGUUUGA